AUGUCGAAAGAAAACGGUCAAAUCCACGGCGGAGGAGUAACGGAGGACCAAACGAACCGGAUUUCUCGGAAUUUCAGAGCCGCCAAGGCUCUUAUCGACCGGAAACGCCCCCGCAACGACGCCGUUUCGCCUGAUUCGCACUUCCUUCACAGCAAAUUCCGAACUCCACCUCAGCUUAAUCGGCGAACUCCGUUUGCUGAGCUGCCGUUAAACACUCCGUCUUCGUUUUCCGUGAACCGCCGCAGCUCGGCGGUUUCUGAGUUUAGCUAUUGUGAGAGCUCAAGCUCAGUCGUUACUCGGAUUGAAGAUUCGUUCACUACUCCGAUCAGGCAACCGCAGUUUUCUACUCCGGUUGAUUCUUUCUCGGCGGCAACAGGAAGUCUGGACGACGAUGACGAUUUCGAUGAGAGGGCUCUGCAGGAGAUUGACGCCUUGAUCGAGCAGAAAUCUCGACAAGUCCAGCACAAUGUGAAUGGUUCUGCGGCGGCGCAGGUGAUCAGUGGCGGUGGAGCUGAUACUGCUGAAGAUGGAUUACCGAGCAUGCCGGAGGAGUACUCUAAGUAUUUAAAGUCUCUUAAUGACCGGCAGCGCGAAGCGGCUUGUAGUGAUAUUGCAACACCAUUGAUGAUUGCUGCAGGGCCUGGAAGUGGAAAGACAUCAACUAUGGUGGGGCGUGUUCUAAUGCUGCUUAAUGAGGGGAUAAGUGCAUCCAACAUUCUAGCAAUGACUUUCACUAUAGCAGCUGCUUCCGAGAUGAGAGAGCGCAUCGCAAAGGUGGCUGGGAAAGCAGCUGCAAAAGAACUUACUAUCAGCACCUUUCAUUCAUUUUCGUUGCAGCUUUGUCGAGCGCAUGCAGAGAAACUUGAGCGCACACCAGAGUUCUUAAUAUAUGGACAUGGACAACAGCGAAGAGCAAUUAUUGAAGCUGUGCGGUUAUCCGAAAAUGGAAAGAGUAGACCGAAGCAUAGUGUUGGCAUAGACAGUGAAGAGUCUAAUGGUUUAACCUCUCCUCAUCAUUUUAAGGAUGCGGCGAAGAAAUGGCUGAAAUUUGUUACUCAGGCAAAAGCUUCUGGAAAGACUCCUGCAGAAUACAGUAAAAUGGGCAAUGAGAUAGGGGCUGAGAUUCUCGGAAACUACAAUCAUAUCUUAAAAUCUUGCAAUGCUUUGGACUACCAUGACUUGAUUAGCUGCUCCGUGAAGCUGCUCAUGGAUUUUCCUGAAGUGUUAAAGGAGAGCCAGGAUUCAUGGAAAGCCAUUGUCAUAGACGAGUUUCAAGACACAAGUGCUAUGCAAUAUAGACUUCUGCGGAUUCUUGCAUCUCAUAACCACAUCACCAUUGUUGGAGAUGAUGAUCAAUCCAUUUUCAGUUUCAAUGGAGCAGACAUUUCUGGAUUUCAUUCCUUCCGUAAGGAUUUCCCCAAUUACAAAGAGAGUAGACUCAAUAAAAAUUAUCGGUCUACACGCUAUAUUGUGGAAGCUGCAUCAUGUGUCAUAAAAAACAAUAAGAAGAGAUGUCAGCUAAAGAAUGUUGACACUGACAACUGUUCUGGAUCAAAGAUAGUUAUCAAGGAAUGCCACAAUGAGGUUGCACAAUGUGCCUUUGUUGUUGACAAGAUAUUGGAGGUCACAUCUAACCAAUCAGAUGUAAAGUGCUCAUUCGGAAACAUUGCUAUCCUUUACCGGAGGCAGGUAUCAGGAAAAGUCUUCCAAACAGCCUUUCGUGAAAGGAACAUACCUUUUAAUGUUCAUGGAGUAGCAGUUUAUAGAAAGAAGGUAGUCAGAGCCAUUAUUGCUAUGCUUAAAACAACUUUGCCUGGAUGUGAUGAUGGAUCAUACCGCCGAGUCUUUAAGGCUUUACUUCCUUUUGAGAAAGAGGAAAAGAAGAAGAUGAUUGAUUACAUUGACAAAAUUUCUACUGCCAGAAAAUUCAGCUUCAUAUCAGCUGCUGGUGAAAUUUUCAGCGCAAAAGUUUCUGGGAACUUGAAGAGGCCUCAGCUUACUCAAGGACGCAAGGUGCUGGUGACACUAGAGAUGAUUUCAAAACUCGUUCACAGGGAACAAUCAAUUUCAGCUGUUGUGACCUCAGUGGCGAACAUGGUACCACAGAAAUACCUUCUGGAGCAGCGUGCGGUCAUCGAUGUUGAUGGCGGGAAGUUGCUAAAUGAAGACAAUGACAUGAGAUCUGUUCUUCAGUACCUACUGGAUGACAUAUCUGAUUUUCUAUCUAUUCAUUUUGCUGCGGCAGAUGGGGAGAGAGAAGUCAUAGAAGGAGAGAAAGGCUGUCUUAACUUACUCAACUCUUUCAUUGACUACAUAUCUGAGCGGGAGAGUGAAAACUUUCGCUCCCGAAGACAUGAUAACCAAACUUCUGUUACCUUGACUACCAUCCAUCAGUCAAAAGGUUUAGAAUGGGACAUUGUUUUCAUUAUUAAGGUCAACGAAUGUGAGAUUCCUUUGUUGCAUGAAUUCAAUGGUAAUACAAAAGAGAAUGGGACGUCCAUUGAGGAGGAAAGACGCCUAUUAUAUGUUGCAAUGACUCGUGCUCGAAUGAAACUUUUCAUUCUUUAUGUUUUGACGGAUUCCAAUUGGCAGAUGCUUCAACCUUCACGGUUUCUCAGAGAAAUUCCAAAUCAUCUUCGAGAAGAACAGGAUGACACAGGAACACAUGAUUUACAGUCAAAACAUCAUGAAAUUUCAAAAGGAAAUACUGAGUUGUUGGGUGAUCUACGACCAAACAUUCAACCCUCUGAAGGAGAUCUCCUGCAGAAUGAUUUCCACCCUAGCAAACUUGAUGAAGCUUCUACAGAGUUGACUGAAUUUGUCGAGGCAAACUUUGGCACUGGUUUCUUGAAAAGAUUCUGUGUGGACGAGAGAUCAAUUAUCUCACACUUAUUUAAUGAGUGGGCUAAGAAACAAGCAUUUCAACAUCCUAAGAGGUUGCUUGACAAGGUGGGUUUUGUUAUAGAUGAACGUCUACGAGUGAAGAACUACAAACACAAGGAUGCAUUGCGCUUGCUGAAGUCUUACUUGAAAGAUGACGAUGCAUUUCAAUAUGCGGAAUAUGUUUUGAGAUGGCAGAAGAUACCUGCUGAUCAACGUGCUCAUAUGAUGCGGGAAAAGCAGGAGCAUUUCCAGAAGUUAAGGAUUGAAAACUCAAUGGGUUCAUCUGCACCAACACCGAAACAGAUUUCUUAUUUGCAAAGUUUGGGCUGCACCGCGGCUCCUACAUCUCGCCUCCAUGCUUCUCGUUUGAUUGAGCAGUACAAGUCACUUUGA